GGGGAAGGCCGACAGGAAGGAAAGAAGGCAUGUUCACCUGAGGAAGGCCGACGUGAUGAAGGUGAACGAAAUGUGGAGGAAAUAAAGUUUCUAUGGCAAAGUGUCCACUUAUUACGGAGAUAGAGAAGGUGCAAGGCCUUAGUUCUACGUGCUUUUGGUUACAUGAGUGCGCUAGCGAUGUAGACGAUGAAGCAAUGGUUGAGAUUCAUUUGUCGCACCAACAAUUCCACUACUUUGAGGAUACAUCGACCUUCAUUUCUAAGCUUGAUAUUAAACAAUUCUUCUGUGGGGAAGAGUUGAAUGUUUCCAUGAUACAAACAUUCAUGAGGUUAUUAUACAAUGAGUUGAUUGCAUCUAGUGAGCCAAUGUUUGGUUGGUUAUGUCCAAGCAUAGUACGAGAUGACAGUUGCUUAAGAAACAAAAGGGAGUUGAAAGAGUAUCUCAAUACUUCUUUGAAAGCAUGUUCUCGUCUUGGAUAUAAAAUCAUUCUUCUCCCUCAUAUUGAAACGAAUCAUUGGACACUGAUUGCGAUAUGUUUGUCAUGUAACGAAGCCUACCACUUUGAUUCGUUACGUAAACAACCACCACGGUCCUUACUAGUCAAAUCAUUGUUAAAUAGUGUGAUGAAGGAUGUUAAUGCAAUAGGACUUCGAGCACACAAAAUCUCUUUUGGCAUUCAGUCGAGUGUCCGCAAUAAGAAGGUGGACUUGCGUGUGGGUAUUAUGUCAUGAGGUUCAUGUUCGAUAUCGUCAACAGUUGCACUAAAGUUGAUGAUCUUCAAAAGUUUUGCAAGGUUUAUAAGAAGAAAUCCACACCAUGUUUGGAGAACUUCACCAAAGAAGAAAUAGCUAAAGUUCGGGAUAAGUUGGCGUCCCACAUUACCGAUGAUUGCUUAUGAUACAUUUUAGCUCGAAUCUACUAGUUUGUAUCAAUUCUAUGUACACUUUUUACAUUAUUAAAUAAUGAAGUUAAUUAUUACCUUUC